AUGAGGCAGAGGCAGUUGCAGAAUUAGUUGUGCGUAGCGGCUUGCGCUAACAGCAUCGCUAGUGCGCUAAAUCGUUAUCGAUCACUUGUUAUCAUUUGUGAAUAGAUUCUGUUAAAAUUUGUAAACAAAACUUACCAUGGAAUACUGGUCGAUACUGUUAUCGAUUAUAAUCGGUGCUCUCAGCAUUCAUUAUCUUUUUAGAAACUUUAAUGUGUUUAAACGACAUGGUCUUCUCCACAUACCGCCUUUUCCAAUACUAGGCAAUAUGACAUCGAUUAUAUUUCGCCGAGUAUCGUUUGCCGAUUUUAGUCUGACACUGUAUAAUACGUAUCCAGACGCAAAGUACUUUGGAUUCUACGCUACAACAAAUCCAAUCAUCUUGCUUCGCGACCCGGAACUUAUUAAAACGGUUCUUGUGAAGAAUUUUGAUGCAUUUCCUGAUCGCCGUGGUUUGCGCGAUUUAAAUGAACCUUUGUUUGCAAAUAAUUUAUUUUCUCUUCACGGGGAAAAAUGGCGAAACAUCAGGAAUCUAUUGAGCCCUUCCUUCACGUCCAGCAAGAUGAAAACCAUGUUCACCUUGAUGUCGGAGUGUGCUGCGGAUUUCGUCAAAUUUCUAUCAACACUGCCAACGGACAAAAGUGAUUUGGAUAUGAAAGACGCCUUUACUAAAUACACGAACGACGUCAUUGCAACGUGUGCUUUCGGAAUCAAGAUCGAUUCUAUGAAGGAUCCAACGAACAAGUUCUACGUUAACGGCAAAGAAGCGACUAACUUUUUAUCAGGACUCCGCACUAUCAAAUUUCUAUUUCUCAGAACAUUUCCGAAGCUCGGGGCACUACUCAAUAUAAAACUUAUAGACAAUUACGUGUCGACUUUUUUCAAAGACAUAAUACAGACCACAAUUGACACUCGUGACGCCGAACAUAUUACUCGUCCAGAUAUGAUACAAUUGAUGAUGGAUAUCAGAGGUAAAGAAGGUCGGAGACAACUGGAUAUCGACGAUAUGGUAGCACAGGCGUUCAUCUUUUUCUUCGGCGGCUUCGACACCAGUUCAACCGCAAUGUGCUUUGCGGCUCACGAAAUCGCGGCUAACCCAGAUGUUCAGGCAAAGUUACGACAAGAAAUCGAUAAUGUUUUGGAGGAAUCAAAUGGGGAAGUGACUUAUGAAAUUAUUAAUCGACUCGAAUAUUUAGACGCGGUGAUAAACGAAGCUUUAAGAAUGUAUCCACCGGUCGCCUUUUUGGAAAGAUUAUGCGACAGAGAUUAUGAAUUACCACCUACCUUGCCGGGCGAAAAGCCGUUCAUCAUGAAAAAGAACAUGAAUUUUUGGAUUCCGGUUUUCUCGAUCCAUCAAGAUGAAAAGUACUAUGAAAAUCCGAAACAAUUUAAUCCGGAAAGGUUUUACAACAACAAGACAUAUCACAACACAUCGCAUUAUAUACCAUUCGGAUUAGGACCGAGAAUGUGCAUAGCCAACAGAUUUGCCUUGCUGGAGGUCAAAGUUGUGCUGUUUUAUCUGUUAGCGAAGUGUGAGCUAAAACCUUGCAAAAAAACAUCAUUACCACUAAAAUUCAGCAAGACAGGUCUGGUAAUGAUGCCGGAGGGUGGAUUCUGGUUAAAUAUUCAAGGUAGAAAGGAUGUAAAGGUCGCGUAAAUGUGUGUAUGUGAGACUUGUGUUUGUUGCAACGAAAACACAAAGUGUCGAGAUGACGGUCGGCAGUCGCUGGCAAAGAGUCGGAGUGAGACAGUCGUUAGCCAGAGUCGUUAGACGAGAGCCGUAAGACAGAGUCGAUCUAGAGAGCGAGUGAGAAAGCGACAAGCUCGAGUGAGUGAGUUGACGAGUGAGCGUUGCGAUCUGUACGAUUACGAGAUCUGUUUUUUAUUAUCGUUUACAUUAAAUCAAAUUCAUUUUAAUAUUAAACGGGAGAGCUUAUUUUUAUUUAUUUCACCAAUAAACCCACAUUAUUGUAUUAGUAUUUUUAAGAAAUGUGCAGCAAGAGAUAACAUAAAACAGAUGGUUUAGAGUCGUA